AAGCACUGAACUAGCACCCGGCCCAGCUAGGCCACUAACCAUCUCUCUUCUCUCUCACUCCACCAUUCUCUUUCUCAGAAUCUUCAGAUCAAAAUUUCCCACCAGCACCAUUACACAAACACAAAUUUGCUUGAUCGAACCAGUCCCAUUUGAUAAAGCCAUUAAACAAACUAAAAAAGCAGCAUACUAUCACACCUUGAGAUCCAACUUUAACUAAAUCAAAUUACAUUAGAUCUGUAAACAAAAUUCAGUACUCUAUUGCUAAUCUGAAAAACAACAGAAAUGGAUUCAAAACCUUCCCAUUCACAAUUGGGAAGGUCACCGCAAGAUUCACCAACCUCAUCAACUUUAGCUAAGUCAGUCUCCGACGUCGGAAUCCAAAGCCUCUCUUCAAUUCUCAACAAUCCGCACGUCGGUAAGUCCGGUGUCUACUCCGCCGAAGGAUCUUGGACCGCCUGGUGGAGCUCCUCCUCCUCUGCCUCCGUUCCUCCACCGGAAUUCACUCCGUUAAUCGCUAAAUCCUCCGAAUUAACAAGAUCCGAUUUCAAACCCUACUUAUCAUCCAUCUCCGAAUCGUACUCACGUUUCGAAGACAUUCAGGAGCACAACACUAAAGAAAACAGCAAUAUAGGUCAAGAUAUUACUAGUAGUAAUAAUAGUAAUUAUUCAGGUCAAGGUGAAGCGUUGGUUGCGUGUUUACGAGAGGUUCCGGCUUUGUAUUUUAAAGAGGAUUUUCGAUUGGAAGACGGACCGACUUUUCGAGCAGCGUGUCCGUUUUCUAAUGUGAGUGAGAAUGUGGUUUUGCAAGAGAAGUUAUCACAGUAUUUGGAUGUGGUUGAGUUGCAUUUAGUGAAGGAGAUUUCGUUGCGGUCCAAUUCGUUUUUCGAGGCGCAAGGGCAGCUGCAGGAUCUCAAUGUGAAGAUUGUGGAAGGGUGUAGCAGGAUUAGAGAGUUGAAGGAGACUAUUAGGCUUUUGGAUAAGGAUUUAGUUGAGUCCGCGAGGAAUAUUCAGGAGUUGAAUGUUAAUAGAAGUGAUUUGUUGGGUUUGCAGCAUAAAUUGAGGGUUAUUUUAUAUGUGAAUCAAGCUCUUUCUGCUUUGAAAUUGCUGGUCGCAUCUGCAGAUUGUUCAGGAGCUUUAGAUGUCACUGAUGAUUUGCAACAUAUGUUGGAUGGGGAUGAGCUUACUGGUCUACAUUGCUUUCGUCACCUUCGGGAUCAUGUAGCAACUUCAAUAGAUUCCAUUAACAGUAUCCUCUCAGCAGAGUUUAUGCAUUCUGCAAUACAUGAUGCUGUGAAUACUGAUGAGGUUAUUAUAUCUAAAGCCAAAGUCAGGGAUUCUCGUUUCACUAAUGGAAGAGAUGUUGAUCAGGUUACUCUGGAUGAAGAGGAAACCUCUAAUUUCCGUGAUCGUCUCCUUCCUCACAUUGUUGGGCUGCUUAGAACAGCUAAGCUUCCUACCGUGUUGAGGAUGUACCGUGAUACACUUACUGCUGACAUGAAAACUGCUAUAAAAAAUGCGGUUGCAGAGCUACUUCCUAUUCUUAUGGCACGACCAUUAGAGUCGGAUUUCAGUACUGGAGACCGAACAGUAGAAGCAGAUGGUGGAAAUCUAUCUCUUGCAACCAAGUUAAAGAGCUUGUCAUCUGAAAGUUUUGUUCAACUUCUAAGUGCUAUUUUCAAGAUCGUAGCGGCCCAUUUAUUGCGGGCUGCUGAAGUGAAAAAGGCAAUUGAAUGGAUUAUGUGCAACCUUGAUGGACAUUACGCUGCUGAUUCAGUUGCUGCUGCAAUCGUAAUCGGUGCUGCAGCUGCUGAAAUAGCUCAAGAGAAUGACAGUCUCGGUGGUCCAAUCGCCCCAUUUUUGUCUCAAAGAAAUGCUGGCAAGGCUCCUUCGUCUCAGGGGAAAACUAACGAUGCAGCAAGUCCCUCAAAUAUGACUAGAAAUUUCAGGGCUGAUGUGUUACGAGAGAAUGCAGAAGCUGUGUUUGCUGCAUGUGAUGCUGCUCAUGGUAGAUGGGCAAAGCUCCUUGGUGUCCGCGCUCUUCUCCAUCCUAAGUUGAGACUACAGGAGUUCUUGAGCAUUCACAUGAUCACUCAAGAGUUUAUAACUGCGACCGAGAGGAUUGGUGGAAGGUUGGGGUAUAGUAUUCGUGGAACACUGCAGUCUCAGGCCAAAGCUUUUGUAGACAUCCAGCAUGAAAUGCGAAUGACAAAACUUAAGGCAGUGCUUGAUCAAGAGACAUGGGUGGAAGUUGAUGUCCCGGAUGAAUUUCAGGUCAUUGUGUCCUCACUAUUUUCUUCCGAGACAUUGAUUUCUGGGGAUCUAGAUGAUGCACAAGGUGAAGUGGUCACAAGCAACGAUGGUCCACUUGUGACUGACACUGAAGUACAAAAUGCUCAGCAACCUGUGAGGAUGGACUCGAGUGAAAUAUCACUGCAAAAUGCUGCGGAAGUGAAGUCUUCUCCUUCAUCUGAAGCAACAGAAAGCAAUAACACCGGUGUUACAAUCUCUUCCACUCAGAGCAACACUAAUGCUAAGGACCGUGGAAAACCUGCUGCUCAAACACUUAUGUGUGGAGGUGUUGGUUAUCACAUGGUGAAUUGUGGCUUAAUAUUGCUGAAGAUGUUGUCAGAGUACAUUGAUAUGAAUAAUUUUUUGCCAGCACUGUCUUCGGAAGUUGUUCAACGUGUUGUGGAGAUAUUAAAAUUCUUCAAUACAAGGACCUGUCAGCUUGUUCUUGGAGCUGGUGCCAUGCAGGUGUCUGGAUUGAAGUCUAUCACCUCUAAGCACUUGGCCCUUGCAAGUCAGGUUGUCAGUUGUACAUAUGCUAUUAUUCCUGAAAUCAGGCGUAUUCUUUUCCUCAAAGUACCUGAGACAAGAAAGGCAUUACUGCUCCUCGAGAUUGAUCGUGUAGCACAGGAUUACAAGGUUCACCGAGAGGAAAUACAUACAAAGCUGGUUCAGAUAAUGAGAGAAAGAUUGUUGGUUCAUUUACGUGGGUUGCCUCAAAUUGUUGAGACCUGGAACAGACCUGAAGAUGCUGAUUCACAGCCCAGUCAAUUUGCUCGAUCUCUUACGAAGGAGGUUGGAUACCUUCAACGAGUCUUGUCUCGGACUUUACUUGAGAUGGAUGUUCAAUUAAUUUUUAGGCAUGUCGUCGUAAUUUUUCAUUCACAAAUAUCAGAAGCAUUUUCACGAUUGGAAAUCAGCACUCCACAAGCGAAGGACAGGCUUCAUCGUGAUAUAAAACACAUCCUUGGAUGCAUUAGAUCAUUACCUACUGAUAACUCGAGUAAAUCUAAUACCCCUAACUGGGGCCAACUGGAUGAAUUCUUGGUACAAAAGUUUGGAGCUGAAACUGGUUAAGAAAUAAUAGCUGUGAAGCAUCAAAAGUAGUUUUUUUGGCGGAGGAUACAUCUCAGAACCAGUUCUCAGCGUGUACACUUACCUUGUAGAUUAAAAUUGAGGUGCUUUGUUUGCUUUUAGCUAGAGUAGAUUACUAUUGAGUCACAUUAAAAAGUUGCGGCAGGAAGUGUCUCUGAAGCAGAAAUUUUUGUAGCAGUUUACACUUCGUAUACGAUUUGUUAGUCGGAAAUAGCAAACAGCUGGUAUUAGUUACCAUGUUUAUUCCCUGUAUCAAUUUGUGAUGCUUGAGCGCUUCAUAUCCAGAUAAUUGUAUUGUAAUGUCACCACUGAGAUCCAUUUCAUUUAUUUUUUUGGUGGUCUUCUCCUGAA